GGUUAGGUCCUCUCUAGCCUCGGAUAGCGUACGCCAUGUUUCGGGGAGGUAUGCCUGCAGUUUUGGUCGUUAUACUUGACGGACUGUUGGCGUUCACAUAUACUCACCCACUCCCAGAUGAUCAUAUCGCGGGCGAUACGGCUAUUUUGACCGCCUUCAGCGGUAUCCUCGGCGGCGUCAGUGAUCCCUUCGCCAGCGUGAGCGGCUUCUUUGCUGGCGUCGACGGUCUCUCUGCCGUCGUUGACGAGUUGCCGGCGAUCUUCGACGAGUUCGUGGCUGGCAUCAGCAUUCUCCUCGCCGUCGUCUGCAGAUUCAGCCCGCUCUUUCUCAAGCCAGCAUCCGGGGGCCGAUUGGAAGAGGUGCUUCGCAGACUCGGGGUCGAAUAGUCGAGCCAUCUCGAACGGGGUGCCUUUCUUGGACGAGGUGACUGUGUGGGCAAGCGGCGGGUCCGGGAUGAAGAUGAUGGAUACGUGGUAUAAAUGUCGUUGUCGAGAUCCUUUCGCUCCUCACUCUUCUCCAACUACCGCCAUGGCCCGCACCAAGGCUACCGCUCGCCGCUCAAAUGGAGGGACCGCGCCUCGAAAGCAGUUGGCCGGUUUUGGCAGACCAGUUUCCGACCCCGAGGGCGUCCCACCGAGCACGCCGCGCUCCGAUAGCGAAGACGAGACUGAGACCCCUCACCAUGCAAUUGCGGCGCGCGGCUAUGCCAAUCAGCAUAUCCAGCAGUCGCGCGAGGACGAGGAGGCUCUGGAGGAGGCAGCCAAAGCGCAUGAGGAAGCACUAAACAAGCUCUUCGAAGCUGCCACUCUUCGCCGGAGCGCGAAUGCCUGAAACCAAAGGAUGGAAGAACCGACGCCUUGGUGGCGUCCAGAAAUGAAGAAGCCCGUGGAAAUUAUAAGUCAUCGACCGAAAAGCUUGUAACGUAGAAAAAAGGGCUGUCGUGCUACAUUGAUGAUUGCGUCGCGUGUCCAGAUUGUUAGCUCAGCCCGAAGUAAGGUCCACGCGUUGCAGAGAAUGCAGCUUCCUCGUUAAC